AUGACCAAUCCAUCAGUACCAUGUCAACCACCGAAACUCCCUCCCCUCCCACACAACGCCCGCAUCCAGAAACGCCCACUCACCCGACCCCAGCAGCCGUCGUCCUCCCGCGCGCCGACAGUGUACAUUUCCUCCUCCACGCCAUUCAUGUCGGCCGUGAAGCGGAUUCGGAAGAGGCUGGAGGCCGGACUCCGCACCGGCGCCGCUCCCAAGAUGGCCUCCGUGCAGUCCCGUGUCGAGGGGCUGAGGAGGAUGAUGACGCGUGACGGCGGCGGCGGCAACGGCAAAACUGCCGCGGCGGCUAAGGCGGCCGGUGACAGUGACAGCGAGGGGCCUACCGGCUCCUCGAAGCAGAGGGGCCUCACGACGGUCAAGGUCGUCGGGACCGGACGCGCCGUGGACAAGACGCUGCGUCUGGCUGGUUGGUUCGAGCAGCAGGGUGACUGCGUCGUGCAUCUCCGUACGCGGACCGUCGCUACCGUAGACGACGUCAUUGUCGAUGCCUGUCAAGGGGACGACGACGACGACGAACAUCAUGCGAGAUUACGCAAGAUGAGCUGUCUCGAACUCUCCAUCAGACUCAGGUGA